AUGAUCCCCGGCCUUCCUCCCCAGCCACCAGCGGAUUCUAAUCUUGUCACCUGGGAUGGGCCCAAUGACCCGGAAAACCCGCAGAACUGGUCACAUGGGUACAAGUGGGCUAUAACGGUGCUGAUGAGUCUCAUGACCCUCAAUGUCACGUUUGCCUCGUCUGCACCUUCAUCAGCCAGCCUCUUCAUCGCCGCAGAGUUCCGGACUACGCAGGAAGUAUCGUACUUGAUAACAUCUAUUUUCUUGAUCGGAUAUGUCCUGGGUCCUCUUCUCUGGGGGCCAGGAUCAGAGGUUGUUGGGCGAAAGCUUAUUUGCACCGUUGCACUUACCCUAUACACCAUUUUCCACCUUGGCCAAGCCCUUGCCCAUAACAUUGAAACGCUCCUUGUCACUCGCUUUUUAUCUGGGUUCUUUGCUUGUGCACCAUUAACAGUCGGGGGCGGAUUCAUCGCCGAUGUUUGGGACCCUGUUGGUCGUGGACCUUCUACCUCCAUGUUCUCUACGACCGUCUUCCUUGGCCCCGUUCUGGGACCAAUCGUGAGUGGAUUCAUCGUGGAGAGCUACCUCGGGUGGCGCUGGGUGUUUUGGGUUAUGAUGAUGUUUGCCGGAGCGUGUACUAUCCUUGCGAUACUGUUCAUGCCUGAGACGUACGCACCGGUGAUCCUCCUCAGAAAGGCAAGGCGUCUCCGGAUCGCAGAUCCCGAACGCUACAAGGAUCUGUAUGCCGAGGCGGAGCGUCAGAAAUGGUCGUUCAAGGAACUGAUGCAUCGCACAAUCCUCCGACCUUUCAAGAUGCUCCUCCAGGAACCAAUCCUCGUCAUCAUCACCAUCUACAUGUCAAUCGUUUAUGGCUUGCUCUAUGCUCUUUUCGAGGCCUUCCCCAUCGUCUUCGUCCGCAUCCGAGGCCUGACAAUCAGCCAAGAUGGUCUCAUCUUCAUUGGAGUGGGAAUCGGUACAACAAUCGGCGCUUCUCUGAAUUACUAUUUCUCCCGCGAUUAUCCCCGACUCAUGAAGGAAUGGCGUGGGUUUCCGCCUGCCGAGGAACGCUUAUACGGUGCCAUGAUGGCUGGUCCGUGUCUGGUUAUUGGUAUUUUCUGGCUCGGAUGGACAGGUGCUUACGCUUCCGUCCCGUGGUACGUUCCGGCACUCAGUACGAUUUUGAUCGGUAUGAGCGUUAGCCUUGUGUUUAUAUCAUUUUUGAGCUACCUUGUGGACACCUAUCUCAUGUAUUCUGCCUCUGCAUUUGCUGCGAACACGAUGAUACGAUCGAUUGUCGGAGCAGCAUUUCCUCUUUUCACUGUACAGAUGUUUGAAGGUAUGGGUGUCCAGUGGGCAGCAACGCUCAUUGGCUGCGUCGGCAUCGUCCUGGCACCUAUGCCAUUUUUGUUUUAUAAGUACGGUCCGCGCAUCCGACAAAAUAGCAAAUUUGCGCCAUGUCUUGAUCUAAAGAUAGCGAAAGAAAUCGAGGAUGAGCAGAAGGCUGAGAGGGAGAAGGGUGCGGUGUAGUCACUAGUGAUAUCUUCUAGGUUUUACAGGACAUGGUAAAUCACAGAUAUAUAGCGGAUCACGGACAACCUGCUCCUCUUAGGAACAGCUGGAGCAGCGACAGGUACGAUAGUACUGCACGGGCUUUGACCCUUCAUGUAGCAUAGACAUUACGAUAAAUACUUCAUUCACUCGUU